AUGAGGAUCGCUGUCGUCGUUGGACUCGUGCUUUUGGCGUGCGCGUCGGCAUCACAGGUCAAGAGAGGGAGGAGAGCCGUGAGAGGAAGCGAGGAACAUUCGCAGGAUGUGGGCACUGGAGCGGACAUCACCGCAGAGGGUAAAUCUGACCUCUCGGCGGAGGUGCGGGAGCUGCGCGCCCUGGUCCGGGAGAUCGGCGAGCUGGCCGUGCGGCAGAAGAUCGCGCUGAGCGCCACCCAGACGGACGUGGCCCAGCUGCGGGCCGCGGUGAAGGCCGGCGAGAGCCAGGCGGACAGCCAGAGGGCCAUGAUGGUGGAGCAGGGCAUCCAGCUGGGCCUCACCACCUCAGAGGUGAAGGAGCUGGACGGCAGGCUGGGGGUGAGUGAGGGUCAGCUGCAGGAGCAUCAGCCCAAACUAAUCGAGCACGCAGCACAGCUCAAGCUCCUCUGGAUGAAGCUGAAGAGCUCCGAGCUCGAGGCGGAUGAGCUGAAGGUGACUAACUCAGUUUUGGAGGCCAGGCUGAAUGCCAGCGAGAGCCUCAUCAAAGAGCUGAACACCGUGAAUGAAGGAGCAGACACUGGUCUGAGAGCUGUGGUGGAGAAACUGAAGAGUGAGAGUGCAGUUCAGGCUUUGCAUCUGAUCUCACUGGACGUGCGGCAGAACGUCACGGAGACCCAGGUGGAUGAGCAGGAGAUAACGAUGACGGAGCUCAGGAUAGACGUGAAUCUGUUGAAGAGACAGAGUUCAGCUCAGGCACUGGAACUGAUAGCCCUUGGGGACAAGUCCAGCCAGAUGGAGGGACAGGUGACUGUGGUGCUGGACCUGAAGGCUGAGGUGGACACUGUUAAGAGAGAAAAUGAAGCUCAGAGUAUGGAGCUGGAAAUGCUUGAUAGCCGAUCAAAUGCCAUAGACGCCAAGGUGGAGGGACAGCAGACUGUGGUUGUGGACCUCAAGGGUGACAUUGAAGAGCUGAAGAAGGAGAAUGCAGCUCAGUCCAAUGACCUGCAAACUCUCAGUGACAAAUCCAGCACCGCUGAGCUCCAGAUGUCCGAGCAGCAGAGCGCCAUGCAGCAGGUGAAGUUCGAGAUCGAGGAGCUCAGGAGCAACAACACAGGUGUCUCACAGGAGCUGACUGUAAUCACUGACAUUGCAAUCUCGACUGAGAUUUUGCUGAAGGAACAGCAGCUUGUUGUGGUAGACCUCACUGCAAAGGUAGAGGAGUUAAAAACUGAGAAUGCAGCUCAAGCUCUGGACAUCACCGCCCUGGUGGAGAGGUCGAGCUCUGCGGAGAGUCAGAUGGAGACGCAGGGGACAGCCGUGGCACAGCUGAAGGCCGAGGUGGAGCAGGUCAAGGAUGAGAACUCAGCUCAAAGUCAUAUGCUGGACUCUGUUGACGAAAGGUCAAAGGUCACAGAGAAUCUGGUGAAGGACCAAGAGGCUGUGGUGGUUGAUCUGAAAAACACAGUGGACCUUCUGAAGGGUCAAACCACAGAGCAAGCCAUUGAACUGCAAUUACUAAGCGAUAAGACCAGCUCAACUGUUAUCUUGGUGGAGGAGCAGAAGACCACAGUGGUUGGAUUGCAGACGGAUGUGGAGGAUCUGAAGAAGGAGAACUCCCUCCAGGCCCAGGAGCUGGUGGUCCUCACGGAGAAGACCGGUCAGAUAGAGGGGCAGGUGGCAGUGGUGGCAGGCCUGCAGACCGAGAUUGAAGAACUGAGGGAGAAGCACGAAGCUCAGUCUGUGGAGCUCUCUGACAUCAGUGACCGGUCCAGCUCCACGGAGAGCCUGGUGCAGGAGCAGCAGACGGCCGUGGUGGACCUGACGGCUACUGUGGAGCAGCUGAAGAAGGAGAACGCCGAUCAGUCACUGGAACUAAGUGUCGUAAGUGAAAAGACUACCUCCGCUGAGAACCUUAUUAAGGAGCAGCAUGUCAUUGUGGUGGAUCUCAAGGCUAAAGUAGAGGACCUGAAGAAGGAAAAUGAAGUUCAGGCCCAGGAACUGGUAAUUCUUGGAGACAAGACAAGUCAAAUGGAAGGACAGACGACUGUGGUGUCGGACCUCAAGGCAGAAGUACAGGCACUAAAAACAGAAAACGCAGACCAGUCCAAGGAGCUCAUCAACAUCAGUGACAAGUCGAGCAUGACUGAGACCCUGGUGAAAGAACAGGAAACUGCUGUCAAGGGUCUGACAGCUACAGUUGAGUGGCUGAAAAAGGCGAACACAGUGCAAUCUGCUGAGAUCACAAUCAUUAGUGACAAGGCCAGCUCCACCGAGAUUCAGCUAAAUAAACAAGGGGCUGUGGUGGUGGACCUGACUGCUAAAGUGGCCAUGCUUGAUAGUGAGAAUGCAGCUCAGUCUCAGCAACUCACGUCUGUCAGUGACAAAGCCAGCACCACAGAGAACAUGGUGAAGACUCAGGAAACCGUGGUGACCGAGCUGAGGGUCCAGGUGGAUCAGCUGAAGAAGGAGAAUGAGGGCCAAGCCCAGGAACUUGUCUCUCUCGCGGACAAGACCAGUCAGGUGGAGGGACAGGUGACUGUGCUGGUGGACCUGCAAGUUGAGGUGGAGGAGCUCAGGAGAGAAAACGCAGCCCAAGCCUCAGACAUAACAACCAUCAGUGACCGGUCCAGCUCCACGGAGAGCCUGGUGCAGGAGCAGCAGACGGCCGUGGUGGACCUGACGGCUACUGUGGAGCAGCUGAAGAAGGAGAACGCCGCCCAGGCGCUUGAAUUGGGCGUCCUUGCGGACAAAUCCAACCAGAUUGGAGAGCAGCAGAAUGGGUUGGUGGCGCUGAAGGGAGAAGUGGAGCAGCUACAGAGCGAGAGCACAGCCCAGUCCCAGGAGCUGACUGCAGUCAGUGAGAAGUCGAGCACUACUGAGGCUCUGGUGAAGGAACAGGGGAGUGAGGUGAUCGAGUUGAAGGCAACAGUAGAGGAGCUGAGGAAGGAGAAUGCAGCUCAGGCCCAAGAACUGGUGUCUCUUGGAGACAAGACUAGUCAAGUGGAGGGACAGUUGAUUGUGGUGGAGGAUCUGAAAACUGAGGUGGACACACUCAAGAGAGAACACACAGCCCAGGCCCUGGAGCUGGAUGCUAUCAGUGAGAUCUCCAACUCCACUGAGACCAGGGUGAAGGAGCAGGAGGCGGCUGUGGCUGCGCUGAAGGCUACGACGGGAGAGCUGGAGAAGGAGAAUGCAGAGCAAGCCGCAGAACUGCAGGUCCUGCAUGACAGGACCAGUUCAGCUGCUGCUGUACUGGAGGAACAGAAAAGUGCAGUGGUGGAACUACAGGUUGAUGUUCAGGGGCUGAAGACAAGCAACUCCAACCAGGCUGAGGGGCUUUCGGAUCUCUCAGAGAGGACUUCUGUGAUGGAGGCCCAGAUCACUGCUGUGGUGGAUCUCAAAGCAGAGGUGGAGAAGCUGAAUGAUGAGAAUAUAGAGCAAGCCAGUGAACUGCAGUCUCUGAGUGAUAAGACUAGCUCAACUGCUAGCGUGGUGGAGGAACAGAAGUCCAUGGUAGUGGAACUGCAGACUGCUGUGCAGGAUCUGAAAACGGAGAACUCAGACCAGGCCCAGGAGUUGGUGGUCCUCACAGAGAAGACCAGUCAGAUAGAGGGACAGGUGACUGUGGUGGCUGGACUUCAGACUGAGAUUGAAGAACUGAGGGAGAAACAUGAAGCUCAGUCUGUGGAGCUCUCUGACAUCAGUGACCGGUCCAGCUCCACGGAGAGCCUGGUGGAGGAGCAGCAUACGGCCGUGGUGGACCUGACGGCUACUGUGGAGCAGCUGAAGAAGGAGAACGCCGCCCAUGCUCUUGAACUGACAAACCUCAGUGACAAGACUGACAACAUGAUGGACCAGCAAAGUGCUGUGGUGGAGCUGACAGCUGCAGUGAAUGAGCUUACCAAAGAGAAUGCUGCCCAAUCCCAGGAGCUGACUGUUGUGAGUGAGAAGUCGAGCACUACUGAGGCUCUGGUGAAGGAACAGGGGAAUGUGGUGAUCGAGUUGAAGGCAACAGUAGAGGCGCUGAGGAAGGAGAAUGCUGACUUAUCCCUGGAGGUGAACAUCCUUACUGACAAGUCUGACUCAACUGGCGAUCAGAUGGAACAGCAGCAGACCAUGGUGGUUGAUUUGAAAGCUGAACUUGUACAGCUCAGAAAGGACAAUGAAGCUCAGUCCUUGAAAAUCACCGCCAUCAGUGAUAAGUCCAACACCAUUGAGAGUCUAAUGAAGGAACAGCAGUCAGCGGUGGUCACCAUCAAUACCAGAGUCCAUGAGCUGGAGAAGGGGACAGCAGCCCAAGCCCUGGAGCUCAGUGUUGUAUCGGACAGGUCGGUAUCCAAUGGAAAUAAGCUUGACCAUCAGCAGGAUGAGGUGGUGGAGCUGAAAUCUGCCGUAGACCAACUCCAGGCUGAAAACUCAGGUCAGUCUGCUGAGCUGAAAGCCCUUGAUGAGAGGUCAGCCUCCGCCGAGCAUCUCGCACAAGAACAGCAGACAGCGUUGGAAGCGCUCAGGGCUGAAUCGGAGGCGGCAAAGUCAGAGAAUGCAGCCCAGUCCUCGAGCCUGGAGGCCCUGGCUGACAGAACCGGCUCCACCGAGAGCCUGGUUCGGCAGCAGGAAGCAGAGGUGGUCCAACUCAAGGCCACGGCAGCGGAGCUGAGGAAAGACAAUGAAGCUCAGGCUGAGGAGCUGACAGCCCUGGAUGACAGGUCCAAAUCCACGGAGAGCCAGGUGCUGCAGCAACAGAGUGCUGUCGCCGAGAUGAAGACCGCAGUGGAGGCACUCAAGGCAGAUUUUGACUCACGGUUUUUCCACCUGGAGAACUGUCUGCUAAUUGGAUUUGAGAUGUGA